AUGUUCUUUCCUUCAUUGAUCCUGGCUGCUGGCAGCCUGUCUACUCUCAUUCAAGCCGUUCCCCAUGGCUCGAGCGGUCACUACAACUUGCACCGUCGCGGCGCCUUGUCCGCUGCCACCUAUGCUUUGAUGGGUGGUAAUGGCGAGGUGUCCGAUGGAUGGCCCUCUCUUGCCGAUUGGAAGGAGUAUGAUGUUCUCUGGGAACUCAACAAGAUCCUCAUUGCGUCAGCUUGCGACAACAGCGACACGGAAACGGACCAAAUCAACGAACACAUCCAAUCGAUCGCCAGCUCCAGCGGCGUCGACAAGCGCUUCAUCCUGGCUAUUCUCAUGCAGGAGAGCAAGGGCUGCGUCCGCGUCCAGUCCACCAACUACGGCGUCGAGAACACCGGCCUGAUGCAAAGCCACGACGGCUCCGGAACUUGCGUCGGCGUGACCCCCUGCCCAUCCUCCAUGAUCAAGCAGAUGAUCGAGGAUGGUACCACCGGAACCGCCUCCGGCGAUGGCCUCCAGCAGUGCUACCAGGCCCAAAGUGGAAGCGAGGUCACCAAGUACUACAAGGCCGCUCGUACCUACAACUCCGGCUCCAUCGAUGCCUCCGGCAACCUUGGCCAGGGUAUCGCUACUCACUGCUACGCCUCUGAUAUCGCCAACCGUGUCCGUGGCUGGGCUGGUGAUGUCACCGAGUGUAUCGAGGGAACAAUUGGCACAUUGACCAGCGGCACCGAGUCCUCCACCUCGGACUCUACCGACUCUGGCUCCGACGACGCUGGCAGCUCCACUUCGUCGACUACCACUACCGCUGCCGCAGUGACCACCCAGCCUGCCGAAACCCAGCCCGCAGAGACUACUCAGCCCGCAGAGACUACCCAGCCCGCGGAGACUACCCAGCCCCAGUCCACCGAGACGCCCGAGCCAAUUCAGUCUGCCACCCCAAGCACCACCCCCGUCGCCGCCUGGACGCCCCAGGUCAACGUGCAGAGCGUCACCCCCACUGCCACCCCAUCCUGGACGACCAAGUCUGCCCCCGCGGCAACCACCGCCGCCUCGGCCUCUGACGCGCCCAUCUACCCGUACGCCUCGUCUUCAUGCCAGAAGUACUACACAGUCCUCAACGGUGACAUCUGCAACGCCGUCAGCGAAACAGCCGGUAUCUCAUUCUCGCAAUUGCGCAGCUUGAACGCGCAGCUCGAUGAGAACUGCGAUAACCUCUGGCUUGGAUAUCAGUACUGUAUCGAGGCAUAG